AUGAGUCGACGGAAUUCGGUCAUCGAGCUUCUUUCCGACUCUGAAGACAGUUAUGUUGUCUCCAGCUCAAAUAGGCGUCGUGUGCGGCAAAGGCGUCAGGCCCGGUCCACCACGCCCGCAGAGGACCCCAUAGUGAUUCUGUCUGAUGCCGAAGAGGCUCACUCAGAUGGAGACGUUGAGAUCACGGGCGAACAGACUUUGGCACCGCCACAACGAAGGGCUUUCUCCAGACAACGGCCCGGUUUCACACUGUACCAACCCAACGGCCCGGUUUUCCAGCCAGACGAGUCUGUGCGAAUAUCCGGAACACAGCGGUCAAUAGCAGCAAAUAGACCACGCAGGCGACUUCGUCCUCGAUAUCCCAGACGAGCGAACACCCAAAGAGCGCAUUUUACCAAUGAAUACAUCAACGAAGUUCUCCGCAACAACUGGAUGAUGAACGCUUUCCGACUUGGACGAGCCGAUAGUGACAGCUCAAUAGCUUCAAGAGUGCUGUACGAUUUGCGCUCGCGGGUGCCGUAUGUGAGACAUCUGAACAGAAUGGGAUUUAUGCCCAUGGCCGCACAUCAAGUUGACUUUGGCCCGCAAGAAGAAGGCGAAGAGGACGAAAUACCUCAUAGCAUAAUGGAUGAAAUUAGGCGUAGAGAACAGGAGGAGGAAGAUCGUCGCGUGAGGUCGAGAACGAACAUGGCCAACAAGAUGAAGAUGACACAGGAAACCAAGGCACAGAUACCCGAAGAACAGAAAAACAUGUUUUCAAACGGAUUUUCGUCCAAAGAUACUUCUGUCUGCAUUCUUUGCGGCGUCCCAUUGGUCGAAGGAAUACCGGACGAUUUCCAAACAAGCACAGAUAUGGAACUGAAGCGCAAGCUCGUGGUGCAAGACAAGUUUAUGUCACCAUGGCAAUUCAGUAAGAAUCUCACCACCGCAGACCGAGACCUCUCACGCAAGGUUUUUUUUGGUAGAUGCGGCCACGUUUACUGUGGGAGAUGUAUCAACAACAUCAAUAGAUACGCAAAACAAAAAGGCAAAUCCAGGCCCAAGAAGAGAAAAACCGAUCUGGACAAAGUCGGGGUGGAGCACAUGGAUUUGAACGAUCCGGAGUACUCAGCUCCCAAUCGUUGCGUGGCGCAAGAUUGCAAAAGGCUGUUAACAGGUAACUACUUUUUCCGCGAGUUAUAUGUCUGA